UUAUUUGCAGAGAGCCCUAAAGCUCAGUGCCUCCUGUCUUCUCACCAAGCAACUACAAAAAAAAUAAAAUGGCAUUGAACGGAAAAGCCGCAGUGGUGACUGGAGCAGUGAUGGGGAUAGGGAAAGCAAUUACGGAGAUCCUCUUGAAAAACGGUGCCAAGGUAGCCCUCCUGGAUGUGAAUGAAACUGCAGGAAAGAGUUUAAUAGAAGUCCUGAACAAAGAGUAUGGCCCAGACAGAACUUUGUUCCUGAACUGCAAUGUUGAAUCAGAGGAGCAGAUCAAAGCUGCCUUUCGGAAAACGUCAGAAACCUUUGGAGGAAUAGACAUCCUGUGCAACAAUGCUGGCAUCCUGAACGAGAACACGUGGGAGAAAACUGUUUCCAUAAACAUGAUGGGUGUUAUCAGAGGGACCUACCUGGUUCUGGAGCACAUGAGCAAGUUGAGCAGAGGUCGGGGAGGAGUCGUCGUCAACACGUCAUCCAUGGCAGGUCUCGGCCCUCUUCCAAGCUGUCCCGUGUAUACAGCCACUAAGCACGGAGUGGUCGGCUUCACUCGGGCCAUGGCGGCCGCCUCCACAGCAUCAGGUUACGGUAUCCGGUUCAAUGUCCUUUGUCCCGGUUUCGUCCAAACAAACCUCUUCUCCGCUAUUAAAUCCAACCUGGGACAAUUCUCCCACCUGGCUGAUGCAACCCAGCAAUUAAUGGAUGUAUUAGGGAUUAUAGACAUGUCUGAUGUAGCAGAGUCCGUUCUGGAGAUGGUGACGGACGAGACAAAGAACGGAGAGGCCUGCCUGAUUUCCCCUAAAGGAAGGGAAUACGUGAAUUUUCCUUCAUUCCAGUAACUUUAUGCAAUGACAAACAGCAAACAGAACUGGAUCUUUGAAUCAAAGCAGCAAUGUUUUCUCAGUGCUUUAAUGUACAAAUAAAAACUGAAUGCCUCAAGUGGAGGCAUUCAGCAGACAAGGGAUUUAAGCGAAAUUGUCUUAAUGAGUAUUCAAUAAAAUGUACACGGCUUUGUGCAUCUUCUACAGGUUUUUUUCCUUUUUUUAGUAGUUAAAUUAAUUCUUAACUAUGAUGACAAUUGGAAUAAAUGUGCACCUGUGUGUCGUUAGAAAUUACAACAAUAAACAGACCACUGGAUCAACA